AUGACUACAUCCUUUAACAUCGAAUCGUAUUUUCUCACAGUUUAUGGAUGUCAAAACCAUUACAAAGUUCCAUCAGAGCCAAAGUCCAAGAUAGAUGGCCAUAAACAACGUGAUUGUUUCCAUAAUUCUAUUUCGAAAUUUCUCGAUUAUUGCAAUUCAAAUGGAGAGGUAUCAAUAAAAAUCACAGAUGUAUGCGAUAAAUUUGGAUUCCAAAGAAGACGCUUCUAUGACCUUGCUUCCAUUUUACAAGCUUUUGGAAUUCUCGAAAAGUCAAAUAUGGAUACUGUGAAAUGGGUUGGAAUGGAAAGAAUUAUCCCAACAUUGGAGAAUAUUAUCAUUGAACGCGGUCUCAAAUACUUCAACAAAUCCAAUGUUUCCGAUUUCUUCCCAUCUGAACAGAAACUAUUGAUGCAUUCAAUCGGUAUCAAUUUUGUACUACUUUUUAUAUCAUUAAGACGCCAACAGCUUAACAUGCAGGAGACUGCAUCAUUUUUUGCACGCGAUAAUGGCCGUUUUAAAUCAACAUUAUGCAAACUUUAUCAAGUUGUUUACCUCCUUGUUGAACUUGGAAUUGUUGAAAGAAGAAAAACUCCUUCCGAAGUUUUCCUUGCUGAUAAAUAUUUCAACUAUUUCUGCAAAAAACCAAUAAAACAGCCAUUUCCAAUUCCGAUUACGAUUAAGCAAGGAACUCAAUUACCAAUUUCAUGCCAGCUUCAACCUUCAGAUCCAAUUGAUUCGAUUUUUAAAAUCGAUACUUCAUUUGAUUUUGAUAUUGAUCAAGAGCUUGUUUUUAGUUCAUAG